CGAGAGCUGCGCGCGGACGCGGGGAACAAAAGCUCGGGCAGAGUCUGGCAGCGGCGCUCGGGGAGCACGGGGUGUUUUGAAUAAUUAUUAAAAUUAGCAUGUGUCUGCGCCAUCCUGUGGGUGUGGCGCAGCGCGGCGUGUAAACUCGGGGCGGCGGGAGCGAACGUUGGAUUAGCGGCAGCAGCCUGCCAGCUUGCCCGAGGAGAGGGGGACCAGCGCGCGGCACGCCGAGCGGCACGAUGGCCUCGUCUCAGGGGAAGAACGAGCUGAAACUAGCCGACUGGAUGGCCACGCUGCCCGAGAGCAUCCACAGCAUCCCCCUGACCAAUUUGGCCAUCCCAGGAUCUCAUGACUCCUUCAGCUUCUACAUUGAUGAGGCCUCUCCAGUAGGGCCUGAACAGCCAGAGACUGUCCAGAAUUUUGUUUCUGUGUUUGGAACUGUGGCCAAAAAGCUGAUGCGGAAGUGGCUAGCUACUCAAACGAUGAAUUUUACUGGUCAACUAGGAGCUGGCAUCCGUUAUUUUGAUCUUCGAAUUUCUACCAAGCCCAGAGACCCCGACAAUGAGCUCUACUUUGCUCAUGGUUUGUUCAGUGCCAAAGUCAAUGAAGGCCUUGAAGAAAUCAAUGCAUUUCUCACUGAUCAUCGCAAGGAGGUAGUCUUCUUGGACUUCAACCAUUUUUAUGGGAUGCAGAAGUACCACCAUGAAAAACUGGUCCAAAUGCUGAAAGACAUCUAUGGAAAUAAAAUGUGCCCAGCAAUUUUUGCCCAGGAAGUUAGUCUACAGUAUCUAUGGGAGAAGGAGUAUCAAGUGUUGGUCUUCUACCAUAGUCCAGUGGCUCUAGAAGUGCCCUUCCUCUGGCCUGGGCAGAUGAUGCCAGCACCCUGGGCCAACACCACAGACCCUGAAAAACUGAUUCAGUUUCUUCAGGCAUCUAUCACUGAAAGAAGGAAGAAGGGCUCGUUUUUUAUAUCUCAGGUGGUGCUGACCCCUAAAGCUAGCACAGUCGUCAAAGGGGUGGCCAGUGGCCUCAGAGAAACAAUCACAGAAAGAGCUCUGCCAGCUAUGAUGCAGUGGGUCCGCACGCAGAAACCAGGAGAAAGUGGCAUCAAUAUUGUCACUGCUGAUUUUGUAGAACUCGGUGAUUUCAUCAGCACUGUCAUAAAGCUCAACUACAUCUUUGAUGAAGAAGCCAACACCUGAUAGUGUCAUUUGGAGUAUCCGUGAAUAAGAUAGAGAAGACUCAUCGUUUAGGCAUAUUAUCUAUAAACACUGAGUCUCAGAGGGGAUUAGGCUGAUAGUGGGUGGGAGAAAGGGGAAAUCCAUUACUCCCGUGAUGAUUAUGGUAUUCUGCAUUACUAUAAAUAUUUCAUUUCCCAUUUAAUGAGCAAAAUCUACCGCUAGUGUUAGGGAUAAAAAGACCAGUGAACUUUUGUUUUUCAAAAUUAGUCUUUGUAAUGUGAUACUCAUGAGUGUUUGCUUGAUUGCAUUUCUGGUUUCAACCUAGGGUCCCUCCAUUGUCUGCAUCUUCUGAAUCUUUCUGCUCCUGCUCUUGCUCGCUCUUCUUAGCAGAUGCUGUGUGGGAAUCAAAAACAGUUGAAUACCCAAUAUAACGUGUAUUACAUUAUUGUACUGAAAUUUAUUGUGGGACUUGUCUUAAUAAUAUUCUCUAGUAAUUGUCAUUUGAACAAUCAGUGCUAACUGUUGGUCAUUGAGAAUAUGCAUCAAAUCCGUUUCCCUGCAUCAGUGAGUGCUCUUGGAGGCCGUGAUCAGUAACUUUGGUAUUAUAUGAAAAUAAUCGUGUUUCACAGUAUUUAUAUGUAAGGCAGCUAUAAAUAAAGAUUAAAAACUUUAUCUGGAAUAACUACUAGUGCCAAGUCCAUAGUGAAAAUAGGGGAAAGAGAAAAAUGCCACUUUAAUGAAGGAAUAAUAUUCUCCUAGAAUUUUCCAUUAAAGAAAAAAAUUAAGAGUGCUAAAAUCACAAAAGUGAAAAAUACUUUUACCAACAGGUCUCCUGAGAAUUCUCUUAAUUUAGAGAAAAAAGGAAGAAAAAGAAGAAAACAACAAGACAUUGUGUGAGCUUCCCUAGCAAACUGGGAUUUCCAAAUAUGUAAUUCUACAUCCGAAACUUUGAGGAAUAUGCUUUAAGAAGCUUUGAUUUAAGGUUUUUCACUUUUUAAAUUGAGGUUGAACAGGAGGAGGAGGAGGAGAAAUACAGAAGUGCUUUUGAAACUGUGCCCAUGAAAUUUCAAAUAUCCAUAAAACAUCUUUAGGAGAUCUUUAAAUAUGUAUGACCUAGGCAGACUUGUUUAAAAUUGACAAUGACUCAUCAAUUCUGACUUCCAUCCUACACUGUGGUUGAGAGUAAGGAAGAGGUCAAUCUUUUCCAUAAGGGUUUGUAGUUCAACAUUGAAUUAUGACUUCUCAAUCUAUAGGGGAAGAAAAAGAUAAUGCAACUUUGAGUUCUGCUUCCGUGUUAGAAUUUUUGUGAAAUCUGAUAACUCUAAAAUAAUCUUAAAAGCAGCACAAGAUCUCUUUCCUAUGUGCCACACAAGAUUAGUGUGAGGCAUUUAUAAACAUCUACAAAAUUUGCUCAACUUCUUAUCAUUAUAAAAUAUUUUAUCUUCAUGUGUAGAAAUAAUCUAAAAACCUAAAACUUUUUUGGUGAAAACAUAGUGCACAAAAAAGGAGGGCUAUAGCAAAAUAAAAGCAUGUCCUCAACACUUACUUUAUUUCAAUGUAGGAUGUGUGGUUCGUUCUCCUAGACCUAGGUAAGGGAAAUGAUUUCAAGACCAACUAUGUCAUGAUUAUAAUCAAAAGUUGAUUAUAAGAGUACAAUUAUUAUCAUAAAGUAGUAUUUAUUAGCAACUGCAGGGAGGGAAUAGAAAUUAUUUGCAUUGAUGAGAAUGUUAAUGAAGUGUGCGGGUGUGCAUGAUAGACCAAGUAGCAUGUAUCUUACACACAGCAGGUAUGAUGUAUAUUCCAGUUGUGUGUAUAUGUCUCAUUAUACACAAUUUACCAAUAUACCCACUCCUGUGCAGGCAGACAAACACAAAUACACAUAAACAGACAAAACAUAUAUACAACCACAAUUAUUCUCUUUAAGUGAAAAUAUGGUAAUGCUAAGCUGUUUACUUUUUUAAGACAAAAAUUUUUAACAAAGUGUGGAAAAGUAUAUGACCAUUCCAAUUAGAGUAACUGAUCAUAUUCAAAUAUUUUUGUAAAAAUAUUCUAUCAUGGAACUUAUUUACAGAUAGAUUUUUUUCAUCUUACUUUUUCUUCUCUCGUAGUUGCAUUAUAUUAAUAUUUCUUACUUGUUUUUUAUGUUAAAUUGAAUAUGAAUCCAUUUUCAACAACUAUAGAUUAUUGAGUUUAUGUCCUAUAAAUUUUCUUUGGGGGAAGAUUUUUUUCUCUGAUUAUUCAUUAUAUAUCACUCAGGAGGAUACUUAUAACCAAGCAAACUUGCAAUGAGACAAGGAUUCAACUUACAAAUAUGACAGAAAACAUCUUUCAAAAUAUAUUAAUGGUAAAACUGCAUAAAAUAUAGAGGUAACUAUGUUGGGUUUUUCCCCUUGAAUUUAGAUGCUUUAUUAUAAUGUUUGCUUAGAAUUAGCUUUGUCAUAUUUGUCUUUUGGGUGCUGGAAGAAACAAACAUACUGAAGCAUUAGACUAAUUGUGCAGUUGCAUAACUGGAGAAAGCUUUUAAUUUCUGCUAAUGAUAUGCAUACAGAAACCUUGUUUGACUAAAGAUACUUAGAAGUCAAUGUGAUGGUUUCCCUGUGGACAUGCAAUACCUGUGGAAUAAGCAGUGAGAGCAAAUGGAUUCGCCUUAAUUUCUAAAGGAGGGAGCAGGUAGAAACGAGCCUUGUCUCCUUUAGUUCAAAGUAGAGGUUACUCAGAAGGAUUUCUUGGAAAGAAGAAUGGAGAGAAGUACCUUUGACUGUCUUCUGACCAUUGACCCUCUGUAGGGCAUGCUUGGGAGCAGGCUGUGGGCCUUAAAUAAAGAGGUCAGGGUGAAGACUAGUGACUCUCAGCCAGAAUUUACCCUUUUAUCUAUGCUCUUUUGUCUUAGCUGGGCAUUGUCUUACCAGAAAGAUGGGAGCUCAAGGGCUAUAAAUAGGCCCCCAGUGAGUAAAACCUACAUCUUGAUGCACUUUUGUUUGUUUGCUUCUUAAGACUUUAUGUCACAAGACCUGAAAGGUAAAAAACAAAAACAAAAUCCAAAUUUUACAGACUUUCUUGCUGCAGGAAAUCAAAGGAGUGGGUGAUAUAUGGAAAAAUAUGCAAAGAAUCUCAUUUGGGGGUUUUACUUCCUAUCUAUAAUGUUGAAGGACCAUGAUGGGGAAUAGUCCUGCCAUGAUUGUUUAUGUCUCCCUGAUUACUACACAAUCACAUGAAUGCAGAGAAUGAGGAGGCAUCUUUUUAAAGCCUUAGGAUAUUCUCUAUGAUGACCUCAAUAUUUACUUUCAGCCAUACCUAGAAAACUUACUUUUCAUGGAGCGUCACCUAACAGUGAAUGUAUUAGAGCAUAAAGUGUUUUGGCAUUUAUGUGCCUGUGUACACACACACACACACACACACGCACACACACACACAAAUGGCAUGCACAUCUCAUACAUACUAUUCAAAUAGAAGUUGCACUCUAAUCACUCAACCUGUUCUGUUACCAGAUUAAAUCUUAAAAUCAUUAUCUUCUACAUUAGUAGGUAAGAACACUGAAUACAUAUUUAAGAGAAUAAUCACCACUAGAAAACCAACAAAAAAUGAGACCAUCAUAAAUAAGAAAUCCCUAGCAGUAGUAGUAGUAAUGUAAAUGCAUUGUCAAUUAUACUUCAAGAUGGAGAAUCUAAGGUGAGCCUAAGUAUAAAUUACAAAAAUGUCAUCUUUACUUAAAGUUGUCUUGAGUUCUUUGAGGUUCUGGCUUGCUUUUGCCAGAAUUAUCUGUUCAGAUUUACCCCUGUUAGGAUUCCUGACUGGAAAGCUGAAAGUCUCAGGAAAUGUAUGUUUUGAUGAAUUUUUCAGUUCUAGUUUUAUUGGUUCAGUGACACACUCUUAUAACCUGUGGUGGCUUAUUCAAAGAGGAGUUCCAUAGGUUAAGUGCUUGCAUUUUGAAUUACUAAUAGAAAAUAAUGCAGUGUCCCUCAGGAUAUGUUAAACAAGGUUUUUACAAGUAUUUUAUUUUACAGCACUUUAGUCUUUUUUGACUAGAUUUCAGUGACACAAUGGUGUAAGUGCUUAUAUUUGCCAUAAUUUAUUGGUGGCUCCUGUGUUACAUACAGUUUUAAAUAAUGCUCUAAAUUGUUUGUUUUCCCAAUGACAACCAGAAAAUGUUGUGUAAGAUUUGUAAAAUGUGUCGCCCAUUUAGAAGUGUGCAAUUUUUAUUUCAUUUGUGAUACUAUUUUAUAGGCAUUAUCCUAAAUGUACAUUUGUAUGAGUCAAAAUACGUGCUUGUAUGUGGUAUGUGUGCAUAAGUAAAUUGUAUCUUAUUAAAAAUCAAACUUAUCCUAAAGAAAAAGGGCACAUUAUGACCAGCCUUAAUUCAUUGCCAUCUUUUGUUAUUACAAUUUGGAAUUAAAAUUUAAAGAGAAAUUAUGUUAGUUUUUAUUGUUGUUUAAAAUGGCCUUUUGGAAUUCAUUUAGAGUUUAUCUGAGUUCCACAAGCUAAUGUUCCAUUUUGUGGGGCACCGCUUUGCUUUUCAAGUUUUUAAUGUCAAUUUAUGAACUUUAUUAACUAACAGAGAAUAAACUGACACUAAUUGUAUCAGCAACAGAACCAGUGUACUUAGAAAACUGCUCCCAGACAUGGAACCCAUUUUACUUGUAGUGAUGUUUCCUUUAAACUAGAAAAGUUCUGUAAAAUUUUUUUCUGUAUACUGUUACUCUUUAAAAAUCAGAUUUUCUGGGGGCUGGAGUGAUAGCACAGCGGGUAGGUCAUUUGCCUUGCACGCGGCCGACCCGGGUUCAAUUCCCAGAAUCCCAUAUGGUCCCCUGAGCACCGCCAGGAGUGAUUCCUGAGUGCAGAGCCAGGAGUAACCCCUGUGCAUUGCCGGGUGUGACCCAAAAAAGCAAAAAAAAAAAAAAAAUAGAUUUUCUUUAAUAUUUACUCAGAAAAAAAACAUCUUUUUUAAAGUUCAAUUUCUCUUUCUUCCAUAGGGGUAACCAGAAAAUUCAGUGCUCAUGUAUGCACUCAUUAACACAUUAGCACUAGUUAUUUCAUUCAGGUUAAAACUGGCCACCAAAAGGCCAGAGUGAUAGUACAGCGGGUAGAGUAUUUGCCUUGCAUGCUGCCAACCUGGGUUCCAUGCCUGGCACCACAUAUAGUCCCCCACGCACUUCAGGAGUGAUCCCUGAGUGCAGAGCCAGAAGUAAGCCCUUAGCACUGCCAGGUGUGGCCCAACCCCAACUCUUCACGCCCCCCCCCCAAACAAUAAGAUCACCUAUGGAAUUAUAGACCAGUUGAGAAGAAUGGCUCUCUCCUGACUGCCUGAAGAAUACAGAUGAGACUGAAGUGUAGGUUAUAGCCUUGCAUGACCUGGAGACUGAGCAGGAGGUGGGCAGCAAGUAGGAUAUAGCAUAUGCAUCCUGUCAAGAAAGCCAGAACCCGACAGAGAGACUUUCCAAAGAAAGUUACAAUAACCAGCACUUUUUUUCUAAGGAAAUGAAAAGCCCAAGAUACCCCAGAGUAAGAACAAUAAUAUCUGAAGCCAAUUUCUAGAUCAGUUUGCAUGGAAAAAAAAAUCAUGGUCGAAUCUCUGAAAUAGAGUAUUCAGUUUUGUAUUGUAUCGACUAUUGUAUCUAGCAGUGAAUCCUUGACAUAGUUUGCAUGUGAAUAUAGUCUUAGAAAAUUUUUAGUAUCUACCUCCUCUUCAGAAAUUCCCGUAAAUGAUAAGACAAUAGAAAUAAAUUCUACCACAAGGCCCCUAGCCACACACAUUUGUGUUGAUUUGCUUCAUUUCUAAAGGAUGGAAAUUUGCAAAGCUGGUGACAUUUUCUUCGUUAAGCACCAGAAAUUCACCAGAAGGAAAUAGAUCUGUGCCUUCUCUUUUUAGGAUCUGGUCAUUGAUACUUUAAUAAAUGUGAUGUGAAGAAAAUACAAGCCUACAGUUCCGUUUAGCAAAUGUGAAUUUUUUGAUAAGAUUGUGUUCUUAAUGUAAAACAGUUUCUUUGUAUCCAGUGAAAUGCUUAAUAAAGUCCUGGUACCAGU